GAGGCGUGCAUCUCCCGUCAGUCCCGAGAGCUAGGCUAUAUCAUACGGAGACUAGUAUAUGACGUGGUCAGAUGAGCUCGGCUCAGCCCUGCUCAGGGAUCUUUCUCGUUACAAGGAGUGCCCCCACCACCCCCUCCUCCUCUCCAAGAGACAGUCCCUCCACCUCCUCGCCCGCCUGACAAGCCAAGCCUGCGCCCACCGCCCUGAGGGACAAGACUGGGACCGAGUCUACAGUGUGUGAACUGGGUGCCUUUGAACGUGCACACGUUUAUGAGUGCUGCUUCUACUGCUUAUUUUGCAUCGCUCCAGAUAGUAACAAAUGCAUUAAAAUAGAAGGUGGCAGAAAAAUUCUCGAGAAAAGCCACGGGAAAGUCAUCUUCGCUCUUCAGAUUUAUAGCCUUUUGUGAAGAUGCAAAACACUUCCAUCAGUGUCGUCCAUCUUUCUUCUGUGACAUGGAUCCUGGCUAUUAGAUGCUGAUGCAAGCCUGAGUGCCAGCUCCCUCUGUUUCUACCAAGUGAUAUUGCUCCGAUUCCUUAAUGAGUUCCAGGAGUCAAACCUACUUCCUGCAUCACCGGGGCUCUGCAAUGCCCACUCCUGUUCCUAGACUGGUACCUGAAUCAGGAGUGCUCAGUGGUAUUGCCCAGAUUACACCAUCUCUUUUUCUCAGCCGAGGCAAUGUGGCAUCCAAUCGAAGCUUGCUUCUAGCAAAAGGCAUCACCUGUGUGGUUAAUGCCACCAUAGAGCUGCCAAACUUCAACUGGCCCCAUGUAGAAUAUGUUAAGGUACCACUGGCUGACAUGCCUCACUCACCCAUUUCACUCUAUUUUGACAGUGUGGCUGACAAGAUCCACAGUGUGGGCAGGAAGCGGGGAGCAGUUCUUGUCCACUGUGCAGCUGGAGUCAGCCGCUCGGCCUCCUUGUGCUUAGCAUAUCUCAUGAAGUACCACCGUGUCUCACUGGCUGAGGCUCAUGCCUGGGUGAAGUCUCGUCGACCUGUCAUUCGUCCCAAUGCGGGCUUCUGGAGGCAACUUAUUGAAUAUGAGCGGAAGCUCUUCGGCAGGACCAGUGUCAAAAUGGUACAGACUCCAUAUGGAGUAAUUCCAGAUGUCUAUGAGAAGGAACGUCGCAACCUGACUCCAUACUGGGGCAUCUAGGUGGGCAGAAACAACUCCAAAAUGUGUGUCCAUUUAUAGUUGUAAGAUGUACAUAAGAGCAGCCACUGUAGUUAAGGGUUUCCAAGCGCUCUCUACUGUGUGCACAAGUUGGAAAGAACUGUCCAUGUCAGUCCAAUUGUCAGUUCCUAAUCAAAUACUGGGUUAAGCAGAGGGCAGUGGCUCUGGCAUGCCAAGGGUUAUCUUGAGCCAUACUCGUCCAAGAAAAGCUAGGUCAGUGUGCUAAACAGUAUGUGGAAAAAGGAGAUCGGCCAUUCCACUUGAAGGAUGUAUACGUUUGUCCAGCAUGGUUUUGUGCAUUUGUGUCUGCAUUUUACUCAGUUUGUGGACCAUUCCAUAAUGGGAGGCUGCUUUGCUUUGGGGGCAUCAUAUCGGUCCUAGGUAGAAGUUGAACUAUACUCUUGUGCUUCUUUGAACUCCUGGUCAGUAUGAAUUUGAACAGUGGCUCUGGAAAGAUGCCACACAGGUCAAACACACAUAUGUAAUUGAAAAUGAAAUGGCAUCCACCACUAACAGUUGACUGAUAAUCAUGGGACAUCUGCUGAGGAAACCUGUCCAAACAUCUGUAAGCAGAGACUGUAGCCUCAUUCUGUUCAGGGAGAAGAUAUUUCUCACUCUGCACUCUCUUCGUUGUUUUGGCUGGUAGACGAGUCAGUUUAAUGAGGUGUUGUGUGGGAAGAAUCACACCGGAGUUCUCAAGUGUCACCUCAGUGGGGAGGGUAAUGUAAGCUGCUGUGACUGGAACAAGGUGUCUGGUGGGCAAACACAUUUUAUAUCAGCAGACACAUUUUUGUCAGGCUGUUAAGGUGUUUUUCUUCUUCUAAAGAUGUCCUUUUAAAUUUUAUACAUCAAUAUCUAGACACAGAUGUAAACGGACGGUGUGAAGCUCCACAUUCUCAUUCUGCACAGCCUUUCUUGUCCUGCACCCACACCUCACCCUACUCCAGAUUCUCAAUUGGACUGGUCCACUAGGUGAAGCAGACUUCACACGAUUAUCAAAUAUUAUAUUCUCCAUAUUGUAUUCAAAAUCCUGUAGUGUUGUUUGGUGACGUCUGUUACAAACAAUUAAAUCCUUAAGCGUACUCACGAUUGAAAUAGCUGGGGAGACAAUGCCUUCAGCCUGUCUUCUGAGCAGCUCUGCCACAUGGCUGGCAUCAAGCACAAUACUCAGGCUGUUUUUUUCCUCUCUUUUUCUCUUCCAUGUUUUCCUAAUGGGGUACUAUGUCACAAUGUGCCUCAUGAUCAAGAAUGUCCCGGUCCCUGGCCUUUGUCUCAGAGCAUCUCUCACCAUCCCAGUAAUUAUUUUUUUUACCAAUACAAACUUAAUCAAAAGUGUUGCAGCUAUAGGAUGCAGAUAUUAUUACCUUCACUUCUCUUUGGCUACAAUUAAGCCAGAAUUGAUUAUGAACACCGUAGUCAUUGUUUCUCUAAAUUUAAAGUCACACUGGGUCACUGAACAUGUAUGAUUGCAAACUGUAUAUUUACUAAAAUGAGAAGAAUUCAAGUAUUUUAAGAUGCUCGUCUCUGGAAUAAUCUCAAGCAUUUAUCAGGAGCUUGAUAUAAAUCAAUCUGAAAAGUGUUAACUACCUAGAAAUGAAAGUUGGACAACAGCUUGGAAUUUCAAGGAUUAAACAAAGGUAAACAUGGACAUAACACCUUUGUCCUAGAGGCCUAGGUAGCCAUGGCUUACAACACUUGAAUCCUCUUUUCUCCGCAAACAUAAUAAGCUUCUUACCCUGGCUGACACACAUUCAGCAUAUAUGGGCACAAUGCCGGGGCCAGACGACGAUGACUUGGUCAGACCUUGACACAGCCGAAUGCCAUCCAUUACCAAUACUAAGCAUCAUAGUAAUAAUGAAAAAGACGAAUCAUCCAAGAUUGCUGUAACUUAGUAGCCUGCAGUUAAGCACAAGUUAAUAAAAAGGGUGGAAUUAAACUGAUAGACCUUCUCUGGGAUCAAAUCAGAAAUACACACUUUUACAAAAGGGAACAGGGUAAAUAAAGUCCACCGAAGAAUUGUUGCAAUUGAUGAUGAAAGCUUUUUUGCUCUAUAUUUUGUUUGAGAGAAACAAAUUGCAUAUUUUUGCAUCUUUGAAAACUACAGUAGAGAGCAUUAUAAUGCAUAGCAAGGUCCUAUAUUAGUGCUUUAUGAACAUGGCUCCUUAUGUCCAGGUUUAGUCCUUCUGCUAAACAAGAGCGUCCUAAACAAAGAACGAAUGGGCCUCUGCGGUCAGAUAGCCAAGGACCAUAAAUGGCUCGGCACUCAAGUUUGGUUUUUUCUUGCAGGGUUUUUUUGUACUGGAUUUCCACUCGGUAGAAGCACCAAUUUAGGUGUGGACACUCGUCUUUUUAUAAAAAAAAAAAAAAAAAAAAACAAUAACA